AUGUAUACCGACCUCGAUCUUGACUUCGAACACGGCACUAUCGAAGAAGAUAUUGUGAAAAACCAGUCGCAGCUGGCUGCCGCAGAGGAAGCUGUCAGACGAUGUCGGAAGAGGCAAUACCAACUCAGACGCGAUCUUAAUACCGCAAGAUCAGUUCUAUCCUCUCUACCCAAGGAAGUUAUGUCCCAGAUAUUCCUGUUUAUGUGCUCGCUGGCAGACAGUCCUUUUGGCCUUUGGAUGUUUAAACCGGAUCAAUUCUUAAUUGGAAGCGUGUGUAAAGAAUGGCGAGAAAUAGCAUGGUCCACGCCGCGUCUCUGGAACAUCGUUUACAUUUGGUUUCGCGAAAAAUCUUGGAAAACCCAAAUAGAACUCCUCGAGGAAUGGAUCGAACGAAGUGGGAACCUGCCAUUAGACAUCUACAUUCACUCCAUGCCAAAAUCAGGCACGCCCUGGGAACCACCCACGGAAACUUUCACCAGAGUUACAGAGGUCUGCGCUCGUUGGAGAAGUUUUGAUGGAAGUGCUGCUCCGGGGUUGGCCGUUGCAUUGAAGCGUACCAACGCAACUCGCUUCCCAAUGUUGGAGACUCUAACCCUAUCGGAAUCAAUCCAUGCCCCACCUGUGAACAAUCCUCCGGACACGACAUACCUGUGGAACUUCUUACCGGCGCCUGCUCUACGCAAUGUUUCGAUUAAAACACCGUUAUUGGGGGCCAAUCUAACCAUAAAUUGGGAGUCCCUAACGUGUUUGAAAGCAGCCUUUAUCUUGCAACAACCGGACGACCCUGCACAACGAAAAUAUAUUCCAUUUGAUGUUCUCAGUUCGUGUAAACAGUUGACCGAACUCGAACUUGAUCUCAUGGGGUCUGGGGUCUCGUCGACGCAGCAAAUUCAUCAUUGUCACUUUCCUCAUCUCAAAGUGCUAAAGAUAAACGGAUUGGCAGUCAUUGUUGAUUGCGUUCUAGGAUGGCUCAAAACACCCAGUUUGAAUGAGCUCGAAAUCUGUUUGGAAAGUGUCGACACAACUAUUCAGUGGGAGGAGUCCCUGAUAGAUUUGACCGAACGGUCGUCUUGCAAAAUUAGUUCCCUGUCCAUCAAACUCCCGAAAAAUGAACUCGAUAGCGAUGCUGAUAUCGUAGAAAUGCUUCGCACACUUUCGCGUAAUCAUCCAAUCGACUCACUGGAAAUUUGCUCUUCGAUUGAUUGUGGUUUGACACUAUCUAACGCCAUGGUCUUCCUCCUUACGAUGAAACGCCAAUACGAUGAUGAAAAACGGAAGGAGCACUUGCCGUUGCUGAAGAACUUUUACUAUAACGGAGACGUCUCACUUUCCUCAUGGGAAUAUGCACGCAUGGUAAACUCCAGAUUGACGUAUGAAGCACGGAAACGCAAGGCGCACAGAAUGGGCAGAAAACACGGAAUGAACGUUUCCGUUCUUGGAGAAAGUACCAAAGAUGAAAAUGGAAACAAUCAAGUCGGCGACGAAGUCGAUGAAUGUGGAGAUAAAGACGAAAUCGAUCAGGAUGAAGGAGACGAUGGAGAGCAGUUGGACAACUCAUCAGUCUCCAAUCCACUUACUUUCAAGAUACAUUACCGCAAUCGCAAUUGGUUCCAGGCGCAACAUCCAAACUCAUUACAAUCCUUCUACAGUGAGUUGGAACGAUUUUCCACGCGAGGCAACCGUUUUGUCUUCAAGUACUUAAAUUAUUAUGACGAUGACGAAAAUUACUUCUACUAUCGACGAUAUGAGACAGGGGACGAGGACUAA